UUCCUCCAAUAUUUCCAAGUGAAUACCAAAAAAUAAAACCCUUCAAAGCUCCAAAUUCUAGAGAGAAUAAAAAAAUGUUAUCUAAGCACUCACAUUUCGUAGUACCUUUAUGUCACGAUAAACAAACCUCCUUUCUAAACAUUCCGACCACCGUGUCUCCGUCGUCCACUGCGGUUGUUUACGACCAACAUGGCCCACCCGACAUCGUUACAAGGUUUACGGAGAUUCCACCAGUGGAGAUAAAUGAGAAUGAUGUGUGUGUGAGAAUGCUUGCAGCUCCCGUCAACCCUGCUGAUAUCAACAGAAUUGAGGGAGUUUAUCCGGUAAGGCCACCAGUACCAGGAACCGGAGGAUGGGAAGGUGUUGGUGAAGUACAUGCUGUGGGCUCUACUGUUAAGGUUCUUUCCCCUGGAGAUUGGGUUAUUCAUUCUGCUUAUCUUCCAGGGACAUGGCAGACCUAUGUUGUAGAAGACGAAAGUUUAUGGUACAAAAUUGAUAAAAGCACUCCAAUUGAAUAUGCUGCCACUGUUUCUGUUAAUCCUUUGAGUGCCUUGAGAAUGAUGGAGGAUUUUGUAGCCUUAAAACCAGGGGACACAAUUGUGCAAAAUGGAGCUACAAGCAUAGUGGGACAAUGUGUGAUUCAACUAGCUCGAGAUCGUGGAAUUCAUAGCAUAAAUAUCAUAAGAGAUAAGCCUGAAUCUGAUGAAGUUAAAGAAAAAUUAAUCAAACUUGGUGCUGAUAAAGUAUUUACUGAAAGUGAACUAGAAGUGAAAUCUAUCAAAAAUCUUCUGGAUGAUAUACCUGAACCUCUUUUGGGUUUGAACUGUAUUGGUGGAAAUGCAGCUACGAUGGUCAUCAAAUUCUUAAAGCAAGGUGGCACUAUGGUUACAUAUGGAGGGAUGUCAAAGAAGCCAAUUACUAUAUCUACUACAUCCUUCAUAUUCAAGGAUAUUUCAUUGAAAGGAUAUUGGUUGCAAGAAAAGAAUUUAGACAAAGCACAAUAUAGGUGUUCGAUUGAUUAUUUGUUGGCCCUUGCUCGUGCUGGGAGAUUGAAAUAUGAGAUGGAGAUGGUACCCUUUAAAGAUUUUCAUACAGCUCUUGAAAGGGCAAUGGGGAAACAUGGAAGUCGAAGGAAACAAGUUCUUAAGUUCUAACUUCAAAAUUAGUAUUAUUAUAUUAUUUAUAAAAGAAAAUAUUGAAGGAUUUGACUUUAUAUUAGGUACUGUAAGAAUCUGGAAAGUACUUCUUCCACUGAGCUGGGAUAUAAGUAUUUUUCAUGUUGAAUAAUCCAUCUUUUUCUUCUUCUUUUUUUCCACCAAUUAUUAGAUCAUCACCUUCUUGAUCUCAUAUAUUGUGUUGCUGUGACUUUCAAAUUCCUUCUAAUCAAAUCAGAUUAGUUUAAUUUAGAGCAUUUUA